CAUUUUAUCAAUGGAUAUAUUUCCAGGAAAUUGUGGUUAAAAAGUUAUUGAAAAACAUAUGUAAAUACCGAGUGGGCAUUACUUCGCAGAAAACAAUAAAGACGAUAAACAUGUCCUCCUCGCCAGAAAACAUUUCAAUGAAACAGCCUAUUAGGCGUCUAGAGAUCCAAAUAAAUAAUUUCAACGUCGCUAUACCGCAUCACGUUGAUUUAUUAAAGAGACACAAAAGUAACAUUCAAAAGUAUCAAGCACAACGUGAUUGGGAGAGAAUGCAUAAAGAACAUAUAAAUGUCUCAAGGAUAGUGAAGCAACUGAAAGAAUUAUUAUAUCAAAUGGACACUCUUAGAGCCCAAGUUUUAGAUUCAGAUAUCAAACAGUUUGAUAAAUUGACUGCUAGUGCUCGUACUAGUAUGAUGAAUGCUAUUAAAGAAUAUCUGGAGUUGCAAUUAAACUUACCGAUGUCUCCACCACAGUCACCCAAAAAUGAAAAUCAGGAUAAAGACCAUCCACUUGAAGAUAGUUAUAUCCAGUUGCAGAAGGAUCAGCAGGAUUUGCAACAUCAGCAGACAUGUCUGCAUGCUUGGAACAAUCUACAGGGAGACAUAAACCAGUUACAUGAAUUAUUUGUUGACUUUAAUAAUGUUGUGAAUGAUCAGAAAGAGUUGGUGAAUAAAGUAGAGGAUAAUAUAGAAGAAACAAGCAUAAAUGUGAAGCAGGGAGAAAAGUUCCUUGUAAAGGCUGCAAGGUACAAAGCUAGUAUGUAUCCAUUAACAGGAGCUGUAAUUGGAACUUGUGUUGGUGGACCAGUUGGUUUAAUAGCGGGAUUAAAAGUUGGUGGACUUGCUGCGAUAGGUUGUGGUCUUUUAGGUUUUACUGGGGCAUCUUUCUUAAAGAAAAAGGAAUUGGAAAUGCAGAAAUCAAAGAGUAACAUGGAUACCAGUACAACAGAAUUGAUGUCAGUACAAAAAUCAACAUCCAUGUCUAAAAAUUUAGAGGAAACCAAGAAAGAAUUGUGACGCACGGAGAAAUGUGAUAUUAAUCUUAAAAAGAAGAAUG